AUGCUGAGGAGCCAGGCAGCGAUGAGGAUGCUGAUCCGGCCAAGCUGGCUCGUGCCCAGGCAGAGCGCGAGGUCGACCAUGCCGGUCAGAGGCUACGUCGCACGCUCGUCCAUCCCGCCGACCCAGCAACCGUCCAACUCGCCAGAUCGGAGUCCCUUGGAGCCCUCGGAAGCCUACACACCCGUCGACUCCUCCUCGAGCGUCAGCAGCGCGGAUGAGGAUGGCUCGACACAGACUGCAGCGAGAGGGAUGGGCGGAUCUGCCCAGACGGACGAAGGGACGAGCUCAGAGAGUGCGACAUUGCUCAGCAAGGAGGAGCGUGCGGUCAUGGAGAAGCUAGAGGGGAUCUUUAAGGGUGGCAGGAUCGAGGUACAAGAUGUGUCGGGAGGUUGUGGCUCUUUCUUUGCCAUCUCGAUCGCGCACAAGGACUUCAAGGGCCUCUCGACGAUCAAGCAGCACCGGGUCGUCAACGAGGCCCUAGCCGAAGAAGUCAAGAAUUGGCACGGCAUCCAACUCAAGACGGCGCCCAUGUAG